AUGACGCGGCGCCAGGCCGCCUCCGCCGACGACGGGGCGGCGGCUCCGGGCGGUGCAGCCCCUGCGGGAGCGGCGCACCCGCAGGCCGACGUGGGCACCACGCCGGGCGAAGCGGUGGGCAGCGGCGCUCGCCCGGCUCAGCCAAGCAAGUUUCUGCUCUAUCUCCGCGAGGACCAGACGGUGGACAUCGACGCGGCGCUGAAGGAGUCGCGCGACAUGACCAACAUGAGCACGGACCUCGCUGCGAGGCUACGGGGGAAGGGCCACGAUCACGAGGAUCCGCUGGGUGGUUCGCGCACGCCGCCGCUCUCGAAGGCGCUCCAGGAGCGGGUGAGCCGUCGGCAGACAGCCAUGACGAACGCCACAAACGGUCUGGAGCUCGCCAGGGCCCGCCGCGAGAGCGUGAUCGGCGCCAUCCGCGAGCCCAAGUCGGGGGUGGUGUCGCUGGACCCCGAGAGCUACGCAAGGCUCACCGAGCAGCUGUCCAGCGCCGACAGGGAGAUCAGAGGCUGGGGGACGCUGGUGCUACAGGCGAACAUCGAGCUCCUAUUCGAGCAGGCCGCCACUGCGCUGGAGUCCAGGCUGGAGCGCGCCGCAAUUGCGGACUGGGACGACGUGGGCCGUGAGCUCAAGGCCCAGGUCUUCGAGCUGGCCAUGCUGGACCAGGCAGUGCGCUCCCAGCGGCUCUCCGACCUGGACGUCGAGGCCGCGGCUGCGUGCGGGCUGGACCAGGACGAGCUGCGCAUGGUCGAGGCGCACGUCGCGAGGUUCGCCCGCCGCCUCGGCAUCAGGGCGAACAUCGUGGGCCAUCAGCGGGGCCUCUUCAGGCCACUGGCGCACCAGUGGUCCUCGUUCACCGGGGGCCUCCCGAAGGCCCGCCGCGCCGCGAGCUUCUGCGCCCGCGGCGUCGGGCUGCUCUGCCAGGACCUCCAGCAGGCGGCGAAGCUGGCCCUCAAGGUGGUCUUCCUGAAGUACACCCUGGAGCCGCGCGAGGCGAAGCUGUGCUACAGGGCGGUCAAGGACGUAUUCGUCCUCGUGCCCUUCCUCAUAAUCCUGCUCAUCCCGAUCUCGCCGCCUGGCCACGUGCUGGUGUUCUCAUUCAUCAUGAAAGUGUACCCCGACUUCUUUCCCUCUCCCUUUACUGAGAGGCGGCAGAGCGCGAUGCGCAUCUACAAUGCGAUCAAGCCGCCAGCCAGGGACUAA